AUGGAAAUUACUAUCUCCUAUUUAUUUGCCAUCACCAAAAAAGAAGACUGGAUGAAAAUAGCGAACGAUUUUAAUGAAAUAUGGAAUUUUCCAAAUUGUGUUGGUGCAAUUGAUGGUAAACAUAUUUCUAUUAUUUGUCCUCCAGGUGCCGGAUCGGAAUAUUACAAUUAUAAGGGCUAUCAUUCAAUUGUACUACAAGCGGUAGUCGAUGCCCACGCAAAGUUUGUUGUAAUAGACAUUGAUGAUUAUGGUCGAUGUAGUGGGAUUUUUAAAGAAUCAUUAUUUGCUUACCCACUUUUACCAAACCUAAUGAGGCCAUUUCCUCGCAGACAGUUAACAAAUGAAAAACGUAUUUAUAACUAUCGUUUAUCUCGUGCUAGGAGAAUAGUAGAGUGUGCAUUUGGAAUAAUGGUAAAACGAUUUAAUGUAUUGGAAAAUAAGAUGUUAGUUGGCCCCGAGAAAGCUACUAAAAUAACUCAUAGCAGCUAUCGAACAACGCAACAAGUUUAUGGAUUUUUUCAAUUCAGAAAAUGUUUCAGUUCCUUGGCAAGACAGAUAUUUAGUUUAAAAAUAUAA